ACAAAUGCCGAAUCAAUAAACCUUCAAUUGUUGUGAUUACUUCAAUGGCAUGGGACUUUGCACAACUGACAACCAAACUAAUAAAACAACAAUAACUAAGGAGAGCCAAGUCCUACAAUUAUUUGUGCCACUUGCAGUCAAGGGCUCGCUAGGUCAAAGGAAAAAUGAGCACACGUGACAAGCAGGCCAGAGCCAGAGCGAAUGUAUUUCAAAUACGCAUCGAUAGUGUUGAAGAUGAGAGCACCGCUCCUGUUACCGAAGCCAGUUCACACGAGGAUCUCAGGCGCGACGCAUCACAAGAGAGCGAAAACUUAAGCACUCAAACAAUAUUUCAGUUUCCAAGAUUUCUAUCAGUGCCGACUUUGAACAAUCCGCUGCAGCACUCAGUCCAUACCUCCAGACGCCAAGUGGUGUCCAGUCCGGCCAAGAGCGAGCGCAUGAUACGCUGCAAGCCAGCCAGCCAUCAAAGACGAUUAAGUCAGGAUAGCGGAAUUGUUGCGGGCCGCUUGGUUAACUAUGUUGAAUAUCCACUGAAUGAGUUGCAGCUACAAAUGCCAACGAAGAGCAAUCCUACUUCGUAUGAUAAUGUCUACAACUUUAUAGAGGCAGAACGACAGUCUGCCAAUGCAAAUAUGUCCCAGGAGCAGCCCAACCCACAACCCAAGUCGGAGACAAACUCCAGCAACGUUACGUAUACGGAAAAGUGGCUAAACUCAACUACGGUGCGGGGCAGCAACAGCGCCUUGUGUCAGAAGACCAACCACAUAAUAUUGACGCUGCCCACACAUUUGGAAACCGAUUCCGCCGAGCCAAGUCCCACGCAGGCCUUUGGGCCCAAGAUAGGCAAUCAUGAGGUGGACAUACCAGGCACCGCUAUGCGCCGCACACUUGGCCUCAACCUGAGUCCAACGCAUUCUGCUCCGCGACAGUCAAUCAACAAUGAUAAGUCCCAUCAAGCUUACGAAAUAUUGGAGUCCUCACACUCGAACGUUCUAGACGAUCCUUUUGCCUAUAAGCCGCUAAUGCCGAACACCGAACGCAAACCGUCUACGGAGGAAAGCAGUGGGAAUGAGAGCUAUGUGAGCAGUCGUAAGACCAGCAAAGCCAAUAGUGUUUCCGGCGAUGAGCGUAGGGUUAGCAAACAGGAUCGCGAGGGACUGGAUCCAGAGUCGUUGCUCUUUCGUGAUGGCCGACGUAAGAUUGACAUGGUUUUGGCCUGGGAAGAGGAGGAUCUGGGCGUUAUGACAGAAGCGGAGGCGAAGCGACGUGAUAUACGACGCUGUUUUAUGGACAAUCUGGCCAAAGAGGGCCUGGAAGUAGAGCUGGAGGACAAAUCGCAGUCCUUUAAUGAGAAAACAUUUUUUCUCAAAAUACACCUACCCUGGCGCUUGGAGACGCGUCUGGCUGAGGUCAUGAAUCUGAAGCUGCCUGUCAAAAGAUUUAUUACAAUAAGCGUAAAACCGUCCUGGGAUGAGGACAAUGUGGUCAUGCGUAAUGUGCAGUACUGGAAGGACAUGUGGCAGCGCCUAACCAAGAAAAUACAGUUGGAAUCGAGCUUGCUCGAGGGCGAGACAACCUUUAAGGCAGCCACAGCCAAUGGCAAUCCGGAGGAACAAUUUAUUGUAAAGGAUCGCGCUACGGCCUAUACCAGCGCCCAACGCUCGCUUAUGGUGAUGCAGGUGCUCAUACGAACGCCUUAUGAUGAGAAUGAUCGCAAUGGCAUUCGGCGUUUGCUCAACGAUGGCACUUACCUUGCCUGUUUUCCCUUACAUGAGGGCCGCUUUGAUCGGCCCCACUCGAGCGGUGUUUCCUUGGAUAGACGCGUGCUCUACCAGACAUGGGCACAUCCUUCGCAAUGGUACAAGAAGCAGCCGCUGUGCCUAGUGCGGAAAUACUUUGGUGACAAGAUAUCGCUUUACUUCUGCUGGCUCGGCUUCUAUACCGAAAUGCUCGUUUAUCCUGCAAUAGUAGGCACACUGUGCUUUAUUUAUGGGCUGGCUACCAUUGAGUCGGAGGAUAAUACGCCCAGCAAGGAGAUUUGCAAUGAAUAUGGCGCCGGAAAUAUAACAUUAUGUCCACUCUGUGAUAAAGCCUGCAGCUAUCAAAGGUUAUCCGAGUCUUGUCUGUUCUCACGGCUCACCUACCUCUUUGACAAUCCAUCAACCGUAUUCUUUGCUAUAUUUAUGUCCUUUUGGGCUACAACCUUUCUGGAACUCUGGAAGCGAAAACAAUCGGUUUUAGUGUGGGAAUGGGAUCUACACAAUGUGGAUAUGGAUGAGGAAAAUCGACCGGAAUUCGAAACCAAUGCAAACACAUUUCGCAUGAAUCCUGUCACACGCGAAAAGGAGCCCUAUAUGUCCACCUGGAGUCGUGCCAUACGAUUUGUUAUCACAGGCAGCGCUGUGCUUUUUAUGAUCUCUGUUGUGCUCUCUGCUGUGCUAGGCACAAUUAUAUAUCGCAUAUCGUUGGUUUCGGUUAUCUAUGGUGGCGGUGGUUUCUUUGUUAAGGAACAUGCGAAGCUCUUUACUACAGUCACAGCGGCCUUGAUCAAUUUGGUGGUCAUCAUGAUAUUAACACGCAUUUAUCAUCGCAUGGCUAUAAAACUAACAAAUUUAGAGAACCCACGCACGCACACGGAAUAUGAGGACUCUUAUACCUUUAAGAUUUUCUUCUUUGAGUUUAUGAACUUUUACUCUUCGCUUAUAUACAUAGCUUUCUUCAAGGGCCGCUUCUUCGACUAUCCUGGCGAUGAUCAGGCGCGACGUAGCGAGUUCUUUCGUCUGAAAAAUGAUAUAUGCGAUCCGGCGGGCUGCCUCUCUGAGCUUUGUAUACAAUUGGCAAUCAUUAUGGUGGGCAAGCAGUGUUGGAAUAACUUUAUGGAGUAUUUGUUUCCCAAGUUCUGGAACUGGUGGCGUCAACGCAAACAUAAACAAGCCACCAAAGAUGAAUCGCAUUUACACAUGGCUUGGGAACAGGACUAUCAUAUGCAGGAUCCCGGCCGCUUGGCUCUAUUCGACGAGUACUUGGAAAUGAUAUUGCAAUAUGGCUUUGUGACACUAUUUGUGGCAGCCUUUCCAUUGGCGCCGCUCUUUGCGCUGCUCAACAAUGUGGCCGAGAUUCGUUUGGAUGCUUAUAAAAUGGUCACGCAGGCGAGACGUCCUUUGGCUGAACGAGUGGAAGAUAUUGGUGCUUGGUAUGGCAUACUACGCAUUAUUACGUAUACGGCGGUGGUGUCCAAUGCCUUUGUGAUUGCCUAUACGAGCGAUUUCAUUCCACGCGCCGUCUACAAGUUCGUUUACUCUGAGACGAAUAACUUACAGGGCUAUAUAGAGCAUUCACUCUCUAUAUUCAAUACGUCCGAUUAUAAAGAGGAGUGGGGCGCCACUAGCAGUGAACGCGAUCCGGAUACUUGUCAAUACAGAGGUUAUCGUAAUGGACCGAAGGACUUCAAGCCUUAUGGUCUAAGCCCACAUUACUGGCAUGUGUUUGCUGCGCGCUUGGCUUUUGUUGUGGUCUUUGAACACGUCGUAUUCGUUUUAACGGGAAUUAUGCAAUUCAUUAUACCCGAUGUGCCCUCCGAGGUAAAGACGCAAAUGCAACGCGAGCAGCUGCUGGCUAAGGAAGCCAAGUACCAGCAUGGCAUCAAGCGUGCCCAAGGUGACAAUCAUGACAUUAUGAGUCUAUUUCGUGAUGCUAGCCAGCGUCCAUCUUUAACGGGUAAUCAGGCGGCAGCACGCGGCAGUUGGGCGCGUCGCUUUAGUCGCUUAAGCGAUGGACUCGAUGCUCAUGUGGAGGUGGCAGUCCGACCAAGGCGUUCAAUGGAGUCUACAGUAUGGGAGGUUUCCUGACACGAGGAGGAGGCGGAAAGCGAAACGCCCAAUCAUAUCAAGAGCUGAAGGCUGUAGUAACCUGCAAUGUCUCUCAACUAUA